AUGUGCGGAAGUUCUGGGCCUCGAACCGGCGGCGGCGUCAUCGCAAUCGCAAUCGCAAUCGUCGUCGUCGUCGUCGUCGUCGUCGUCGUCCUCGUGCUGCGGAGUGUAAAGAUGGAGCAGGAGCGCAGCAGCGAAAUUGAGCUUCGGCGUAGACUCAGGUGGAGUUUCCUUCAAUGGCGACAGCGAGGCAGCAGCAUCAGGAACGAAGUCAUCGGGCAGUUCAUGGAGAUUGACGAGGCGGAACGAAAGACAGCCAGCCUCUUUGGCGGCGUCCCAAUCAAUGUCGACAAUCAAGAGGAGCAGAGCUGGGGAGGUGCGGACAAGGUUUCCGACGGUGAAGGUGUUCUGGGCUCCGAGGAGACGAAGGCACCUUUGACGACGGCGAUUCUGCGGCUCAACCGGGGGCGAGGAUCUUGA